AUGUGGGAUGCGGCGGCCAAGGUGGGUGACGUGUCUUUCAGCUCGAAAAUCCUUAUGGGGCCAGAUCUUCUCACUCCGCUUCCGAUGGUUCAGACCUUCCUCGAGUUUACGUCAUGGACGUCGCUACCUUCGGGUCGUCCUGUUCCCCGACAUCGUUGCAGCAGUAGUAAUGCCUGCGAAACCGCCUACGCUGCUGUAGUUUUCUUCCGCUUGGAAACCGAUCGCGGUAUCGAGGUGACACUUUUCGGGGCGAAGACCAAGGUGGCGCCGCUGAAGACGCUCUCGAUCCUUCGACGUGAAUCGAAGGCGGCUGUUUCGGGGCAUCCGCUUGAUAGAGACCGUCCAGAAGUAUCACAUGUACACGGUCAAUCAGCGCUACUGUUGGAGCGAUGCAAGCACUGUACUCGCGUGGGUACUGGCACAUUCGGGCGGGUAUGCCUCUGCCGGGACCGGCUAACGGACAAGUAUUGGGCGAUGAAAAUAUUGGCCAUGGCUGAUGUCAUCCGAUUGAAGCAAAUCGAGCACGUCAAGAACGAGAAAAAUAUCCUGCAGGAAAUCGAUCAUCCCUUCAUCGUCAACAUGCGAUGGCACACCAAGGACGACUGCUGCUUGUACAUGCUGUUCGAGUACGUGAGCGGGGGCGAACUGUUCUCGUACCUGCGGAAUGCCGGCCGAUUCGAUAAUGCCACAGCAAACUUUUACGCCUGUGAAAUAGUACUGGCCCUGGAAUACCUGCAUACCCUGUCGGUCGUGUACCGGGAUUUGAAGCCGGAAAACCUCCUACUAGAUCGCGACGGCCAUCUGAAGAUCACCGAUUUCGGAUUCGCCAAAAAGCUGAAGGACCGCACCUGGACGCUGUGCGGAACGCCCGAAUACCUGGCACCGGAGAUCAUCCAAUCCAAGGGGCACAACAAAGCGGUGGACUGGUGGGCACUAGGCGUUCUGAUCUACGAGAUGCUCGUCGGUUAUCCACCCUUCUACGAUGACAACCCGUUCGGAAUUUACGAGAAAAUCCUGAGCGGUAAAAUCGAGUGGUCCCGACAUAUCGAACCGAUCGCAAAAGACCUGAUCAAAAAGCUACUGGUGCUGGAUCGGACCAAACGGUUGGGCAACAUGAAGAAUGGAGCAGAGGACGUCAAGCGACAUCGAUGGUUCAAACAUCUCGACUGGGACGUCGUAAUCAAGAGACAGCUAAAGCCCCCCCUAGUGCCCAAAUUCGUGAACGAAGGUGACACCAGCAACUUCGACGACUAUCCGGAAACGGACUGGAAGUCGGCCCGAUCGUUGGACAAGAUGGAAAUGCAGCUGUUUGAGGAUUUCUAA